AUGAGGAUUGGUUUACAAGCUUAUCAUAAUUGGCAUGAUUGGCUUUUAGCUAGAGAGGAGCGAAACUCAUAUGCUGCUCAUAAUAACCCAGAUGUGUGGAUUCCUCCUACGAUAGAUCAGGUGAAGUGCAACUUUGACGCAGGGUUCAAUAAUGUUUGUGGAACUUCUAAUAGAGGGUGGUGUUUCAGGGAUCAUUUAGGGAGGUUUCUCACAGCAGGCGUGUCUUGGGAUGUGGGUCUUCUUUAUGUCAUUAAAGCUAAAGCCACAACACUGAAGGAAGCAAUCCAAAAUGCCAUCUCUCUACAAUUAUCUCAUGUUAUUUUUUAG